CAGGUGGCGCGCUCCGUGGAUACAAACGUCCGCCUCCCGCUUCCCCGCCACGGCGCCACCUCUCCUCGAAUUCCCUCCUCCGCAACGCGCGACCCUUCGCACGCCUCCCUCUCCCCCCAUUCCUCGCCUCGCCCCUCCCUCUCCCCACCUCCUUCCACCACUGCCCAAUUCCCUCCCGAAUUUUACCGCCCCCCAUCGCGCGGUGGCGCUGCGUUCCUAGGGUUUCCUCGGCCAGCUCGCUCCGGUGCCGCGGGUUCCGCAGGCGUGCGUUUUGGGCCUCGGCUCAAUCGGUCGACGAGCACGGCGAAUCGGCACCGGUGUGGGGGAGCUCUCCGCCUGGCGCGCCGUCUGGCUCGGGAGGGGUGUUGGCGGCGGCGGCGGAUAUAGGCGACCAUGGUUGGGUCCGGGGAGAAGGCGGGCGGCGGGACUGGGUCCGGGGGCGGAGGGGAGAGGCGCAAGUACCCGAUCGGCGUGGAGGACUACGAGCUGUACGAGGAGAUCGGGCAGGGCGUCAGCGCCAUCGUCUACCGCGCGCUCUGCAAGCCGCUCGACGAGAUCGUCGCCGUCAAGGUGCUCGACUUCGAGCGCACCAACAGCGACCUGAACAAUAUCAUGCGUGAAGCUCAGACGAUGAUUCUUAUAGAUCAUCCUAAUGUUGUUAAGGCACUUUGUUCAUUUACAAAUAACCAAACUUUAUGGGUGGUUAUGCCGUACAUGGCUGGAGGAUCUUGUCUUCACAUAAUGAAAUCAGUCCAUCCAGAUGGUUUCGAGGAAGCUAUCAUCGCAACAGUGCUUCGUGAAGUCCUGAAAGGUUUAGAAUACCUUCAUCAUCAUGGGCAUAUACAUCGAGAUGUCAAGGCAGGAAAUAUCCUAGUCGAUUCUCGUUGUGGAGUUAAGCUCGGAGAUUUUGGGGUUUCUGCUUGUCUUUUUGAAUCUGGUGACAGGCAGCGGGCUAGGAAUACUUUUGUGGGAACUCCUUGCUGGAUGGCACCAGAAGUAAUGGAGCAACUACAUGGAUAUGAUUUCAAGGCAGACAUAUGGUCCUUUGGAAUUACUGCACUUGAACUUGCUCAUGGUCACGCUCCUUUCUCAAAGUACCCUCCCAUGAAGGUCUUGCUUAUGACACUUCAAAAUGCUCCUCCCGGUCUUGAUUAUGAAAGAGAUAAGAAAUUCUCAAGGCACUUUAAGCAAAUGGUUGCUAUGUGUUUGGUGAAAGACCCUUCAAAAAGGCCAACGGCAAAAAAAUUGCUCAAACAACCCUUUUUCAAGCAAGCUCGUUCAAAUGAUUUCAUUUCUCGAAAGCUUUUGGAGGGAUUGCCUGGCCUUGGUGCCAGAUAUCAAGCUUUGAAGGAAAAGGACGAACAUUUACUUGCUCAAAAGAAAAUGCCUGAUGGUAAAAAGGAAGAAAUAUCGCAGGAUGAAUACAAAAGGGGUAUCAGCAGCUGGAACUUUGACAUUGAUGACCUCAAGUCUCAAGCCUCACUAGUUACAGAAUGCGAGGACAUCAUAUCAUCUAAAGAUACAAAUACAUCGUCUAUCUAUGACUUCGACACCAUUUUGCAGGAGCAAGCACUAGAAGGACCUCUUUUGUCAAGAGGUUUCUCAAUGAAGUAUGAUACUGACAUUGAAAGUGAUGUCAUGGCCAAUGAUAAGUCUACUGUUUCAUCUCCUGAGCAGUCUGUUUGUCCAUCAAGGAAUGCAUCUAUGCGAGCAACUCCAAGUGAGGUGCUCUUAAAUGGCCAUGUUAGGAAACAAAACUCUAUGGAAUGCUGUGAUUUGGACUUGCAAGAGAAAGAUUCUGAUGCUAUUCCAACAACUUCAUUUCACGAAAGGAAGUUUUCUUUCAGUUCUUGCUCGUCAGAUGGAUUUCUUUCUUCCAAAGAGAGCUCUAAGCCGCAAAUCAGCAUUCAUAACCGCGAUAAGGGUAAUGGAGGGGCUUUGCAAGUAUCAGAUGAACCAUCACCUGAAGCUGCUCCUAAGGCACCUAAAUCUUCAGUAUCAAAUGUUGAGGAACAUGAUGAUAGAUCAAAACCUCCACUUAUACAGCAAAGAGGCCGUUUUAAGGUUACACCUGGGCAUGUCGAGUUAGAUAAGGCUCACUCACCUGGCCUACAGAAGUGUCACAGCAUGCAGGCAAUUUCUCACCUUCCCUCGUUAAGCAUACCAUCUUCAGCUGAGGCUGCUUCAAGCAUUAUUGGUGGCUCCUUCUACAUCCAGUUAUACAGUGUUCUGCAGACAAAUAUUCUUCAGAGGGAACAAAUACUGCACGCAAUGAAGCAGUUAAUUGGUUCGGAUUUGGCUUCACCUCUUUGCUUGCCUUCGAUAAGUCGCUUAGCAUCUCCAUCAUCUGCACUAUCGGUGGACAGAUCCAUGUUGGAAGCAGCACAUGAAAAGGAGAAAGAAUUGCUCAACGAGGUCUUAGAGCUACAAUGGCGGUUAUUGUGUUCACAGGAUGAGGUGCAGAGGCUAAAAGCAAAGGCAGCCCAGAUCUGAUGCAUGAAAGUGGUUGCCUGGAGAUGUUGCUCCUUGAACUUGAGCUGCACAGGGAUGGUUGAAAACGCAUUAUCUCAGUGACAAGAAGGAUUUGUUGUUAUGGAGUUUUAAGGUGCUACUUUGGCAUAGGAGAGAAAAGAACAAGAUGAAGAUGAUAUAGACAUAUAGUGGUCUGUAAGCCUGCAACAGAGCAUUGCUUCAGUUAUUAUUUGUAUCUAAAAAAGGAUGCCGAGUUUUUGUUAGCGCUAGUUACCAAAUGUUUGCAUCCAUGUUGAUAUAAAUUUGUGCAUCCGCGUUGAUGAAUGGUAUGGAGCUGAUUCAUAUUGGAGCGGCAUCAUUAUACGAGUUUGAAGGGAAUAUGUCCAUGCUGUAAGUGAAAUCAUUAAGAAAAGUUAAUUUUGUUUUGUUUGAUGUGGUUGCCCAAUAAGCUCUGCGAAGAACACAAGGUUGGGGAGA